UGACGAUGACAUUUUUGACAGUGACAGUUAAAUAGUGAACAAUAAAUAAAAGUGAUGUGUUUUCAUUUGUUAGCAACUCAAAAAAAUGAGCUCUGAUAAUAAAUUAAAAGUCGAUCCGGGCUGGAACGAUCCGCCGUUGUUAAAUUACGAUGUAUCCAAUCCACCUCCAAAGUCUCGAAUAUUGAAUAAAAGAGUAGCUUUUCCGUUGACUGGAGGCAUUUCUCCAUCGAAACCCUCAGAUUUACCACCGAAUGCGCCUCCAUUACCUGUACCUGAUUUUACGGUUGAACAAGCAAAACAACUUUUAGAUAAAUUGUUUACAUCUGACAAAUCGAAGGAACGCUUCCAUAAAACUUGCGACAAUGAAUUGCCCGAAGAAUUCCAAAAAUCUCUAAGAUUGAUGGGCGAAUGUUUAAUGAAAAACAACAAACUUGGUGCUGAAAUUCAUCGACAGGAACUUGUAAAGUUCCACAAGAAAUUAUGCGAAAGUUGGAUUAAUGAUGUUAAAUUUUAAUAAGAAAUAAAGGCUGUGCUUUUUUUG